AUGGCAGAAGAGCGCCUGGAGUUUGAGCGGAGGCUGGCCGCCUUCAGGACGGAGAAAGAGGCGCUGACGCAAGACCUAGGCACCCGGGACCAGGAGCUCAUGACUCUGAGGGAGGAGAAGACCUCCCUUCAGGAUGAGUUGAAGGCGGCCGCCUACCGCCGAAAGGACUACAAAAGGGUGGUGAAGGGCGCCCGCAAGGAAAUUAGGGCACUGAAGGCGUCUUUAAAGAACUUUGCCCAAUCAGACAAGGGGCAGGAGCUAAUUGCCAAGGCGUCUCUGGAUUGCUUGGUACUUGCCAAGAGGAAGCUCGACCAAGAAUAUCCCGACAUCACCGUGGACUUCCCCGACAUGGUGAAUUUUGUGAUCGAAGAGAUGCAGAAUAACCAAGAGGAGGCGGCUGGAGAAGAUGAGGAGGCGCCCGUGGGGAGUGAAGAUGCGCCUUCUCCUCAGGGAAGUGAGGCCUCUUCGACGGAUGCGUCCUCGGAGGCAGAGUGA